AUGUCGCCACCUGAUAUCCGCCUCUCGGUCUUGACGUUGAACUGCUGCCCCGGAUACGACAUUGUCGGACUGCAGGAAGUAUGGGCACCGCAGGACUUUAUCCUCGUCCGAGAGAUUGUCAAGGACGUACUGCCUUAUUCAAAACACUGGACCAGUGGACUCUUUGGGUCUGGGCUGGCAACGUUCUCAAAGUACCCAAUUGUCAGUUCCUCGUUGACCCGGUUUGCCCUCAAUGGCGACCCUUGGCCGGUCUGGCAGGGCGAUUGGUAUGAUGGCAAGUCCUGUGGCUCCGUUGUAGUGGCCCAUCCAGGUGUUGGCGAAAUUGAGGUCUUUAAUACCCACUAUCAUGCUACAUAUGAUCCUGUGGGGACGGACGAUCGGUAUCUGGGAGUAAGGGUCUCGCAGGCGUGGGAGAUGUCGAAACUCUUACGGCAGUCGACUGGCCUUGGGCGCCGAGUCCUUGCGCUCGGAGACUUCAACAGUACUCCUCGAAGCCUUGCAGUCGCGCUCCUGACCCGACUCGGAGGAGCCACCGAUAGUUGGGGUAGCAUCCACCCUUUACCUCAGACUAUACCCAAUAACCUGACUCCUGAACAAGGCGUCGCGCAUCUGGGCAUAUCCUGCGACAGUCCAUUGAACACCUGGACCAAGGAUUCGAAAUGGGUCAAUGAAAUCUCGAGAGACCCUAUCGGCGAGCGGUUGGAUUAUAUCUUUUUCAACGCCAGCUCUGAGUUCAAGUGUUUGGGAUCUGAUGUUGUCCUGCAGGAGAAGGUUCCGGGUGUCGGAGGUGGGUCGAAUGUGCCGUGGGUCAACGUGAGUGAUCAUUAUGCGGUCCACUCUGUGUUCUCUGUCAAGAAGGUUGCCCCGACGGCUCCAAGGAUCCUUCUAUCCGACCUGCAAUCAUCCUCUCCCGACCUCAAGGACGAUUCCUCAAUAGACUUAUUCGAACAAGUUCUCUCAACUCUACGACAACACCUCGCCCGAGCACAAUCUAAAUCCGUACGGAUGAUGUACAUCGCAACACCUCUACUCCUUCUCGCGACGCUGGGUCUGAUGAUUGGGUCGGUCUGGAUUGAUUUCAACCCACGCUGGACACUAUUGUUGGUGACCAUGGGUGUGGGUUUUAUUACCAUAGGUUGGGUGGGCUGCUUCAGCUAUGGGUUCUUUUACGGCGGCGAGACCAUCUCGGCCUUCACGAAUGUCAUCCAAGAGGUUCAGCUUGCUCUCGAGAACAAUCGUGGUGACAGUGUUGAGGAAGGAGUGUUUUCCUUGCGAGAUGGACCCUUGGCACAGAGUAGUCGAGUUCAAGCUAUGCCUGCGGGAGGGUCCAUCCACUUGGAUUGA